UCUGGGAGGAGUCAGGGAGGAAUUUCAGAAUGCACCGACAGCAAUAAUAUAUCAUUUCUAAUACAAUAUCAAUUGAUUAUCAGCUGUAGAGCACGAGAAUAAUAAACAAGUAAACCACGCUUUGUUGAAGUUGUGGUAGAGACGUGUCUCUCCAUCCACACUGAAGAGGCCAUUUCGGAGCGAGAGGGACGACGAGAUUAGGGCAGUAGUUUGGGGGUCUCUGGAAUGUAUUAGCUGACUCUCGAUCAUUGUUGUUUUUCUGGAUUCGGAGCAGAUCUACAAGUCCGCCUGUUUUUCAAUCCGCAUUAAUUCACGCUAGUUUUACAACCAUCACAUUGUACCUAGCUGUAUCUUUGAAGAGCACAGGACAGCGGAGUAGGACGCGUGUUUUGUGGGGUUUCGAGGAGAGGAUACUUGCUAAUAGGAAUAGGAGGGGUUGAGAGUUGAAAAAUACCAUCCUUUGACCUGAAUCCUGAACAACAUCCAAGAACUCAUGGGGCUCGGGGAGGCUUCAGCGAGAGGGACGAGCUUUGAAGGAGACUGCCUCGCCUGCAUCAAGUAUCUCAUGUUUGUCUUCAACUUCCUAAUCUUUUUGGGUGGCUCCUUCCUGCUUGGUGUUGGGGUGUGGGUGGUGGUGGACCCCACUGGCUUUAGGGAGAUAGUGGCAGCCAACCCCCUUCUUUUCACAGGAGUCUAUAUCAUCCUGGCAAUGGGGAGCAUGCUGUUCCUGCUGGGGUUCCUGGGCUGCUGUGGAGCCAUACGAGAAAACAAGUGUCUGCUGCUCUUUUUCUUCAUGCUGAUCCUCAUAAUAUUCCUGGCAGAACUGGCAGCAGCCAUUCUUGCAUUCAUCUUCCGCGAACAUCUGACCAGAGAAUACUUUACUAAGGAACUGAAGAGUCACUACCAAGGUUACAACAACACUGAUGUUUUCACAUCAACGUGGAAUGCCAUUAUGAACACAUUUGACUGCUGUGGAGUGAACAGUCCAGAAGACUUUGAGGAAAGCCUCUUCAAGCUCAUAAACCCCAGAGAAGUGGUGCCUGAGUCCUGCUGCCGUAGGGACAGUCACCUUGGAGAAGUAGGCUUCAGUAACAAGGACGAAUGCCUGUUGGGCAGCAUGCUGUACCGGAACAACAAGGGCUGCUAUUCAGCUGUUGUGGACUACUUUGAGAUGUACAUUUAUGUGGCUGGUGCCCUGGCUAUUGUUGUACUCACAAUUGAGCUCUUUGCAAUGGUAUUCGCCAUGUGUCUCUUCAGGGGAAUCCAGUAGUACAUGUACAUCGAAAGACUUUUUCAAAAAGGAAAAUGCCACAAAAUAAGAAAACUGAACCACUUUUCAAAGAAUGUUUUACUCAGUUUUAUAUCUCUAAAAUUAUAAAGAAAAAAAUUAUCUGUACUUCACAGCUGGACCUUUGAGGUACUAGGUAACAAAAAAAGAAUGUUCUUUGAAUACUGCAGAUACAGGCUUUUUGCCAGAAAGUCCUUAUGUAAUUUUGACCAGGUAUUAUAACCAGAUAAAGCCUGAAAAAAGACUGAAGAAGAUGGUGCUGCACUGAUUUUGGAUGAAGAAUAUUUAUACUGAGUAUGCUGGCUUGUUUGUAUAUGCAUUUGUGCUUUUAGUAAAUAAAUAGACCAAACCACUUUCCUCUCACAACAAACUCAUUGAAUGCAAGCCUUCACAAGCACAUUAUAUUAGUGUUGUAUAGUCAUGUGAAUUUUUAUCUAAUCCUGUGAGGGUGUGUCGAGAUGUGUGUGUGUGUGUGUGUGUGUGUGUGAGCGCGCGCUAGAAGAUGGGUGUCCCUCCUCCCUGCUUGAAGACCAGCAUCUUUUUUUUGUUUUGUUAUUUGUGAUGUUAUUGCAAUAGUAAUUAUAUGUGAUUUUAGCUUAAAUUGAUGUGUAUGCAUUUGUAUUGAAGACUAACAUUAAAUAAAUCUCUGAUGA